CGCUAUCCUUUGCAUUGGACUGCAUUGGAGUAGGUUGGCUAACCUGGAUAGAGAGUAGUGGCAGGAUAACUAUUAUCAUCGGAUUUAUUACAUCCAAUUCUUGGAAACGUUUCUUAUACAUCUUUGAUCGUAAUACAUGGAUGUUUAUUUGGUGGUACCCUAGAUUUCUCAUGAAGGUAGGCUUUUUUGUUAUUAAUAUAUUUUCGCUGUUGCAUUUCGACUGUGCACAGCUCAGCUCCCUGUGAGUCGUCGGUCUGUCAUUACAGGAUAUAGAUCGUAGCCUAUCUACCGUUUAAAGACAGUAAUAAAAACACGUCUACCUUGACAUCUAAACUUGACCCACCGAUCUGAUUUCUGGACUGUCUCAUCACGGCAUUCACGAGAUGGACGAAGACAAUCAAGUACCUCAGGAUCUCUCACUGGAAGAGAGGGGUGAGCUGUCAAACAUCCGGCGGAGGAAGAGAGAGCUGCUGGAUGAUAUUGAACGCUUGAAGUUUGAGAUAGCUGAAGUCAUGACUGAGAUUGAGCAACUAACAUGUGUAGGAGAAAGCAAAACAACACAGCGGAACAAACAAAUCGCCAUGGGGAGGAAGAAAUUCAACAUGGAUCCUAAAAAGGGGAUCCAGUUUCUCCUGGAGAACGACCUUCUGCAGCACACCCCAGAAGACAUCUCUCAGUUCCUCUAUAAGGGCGAGGGCCUGAACAAGACGGUCAUCGGAGACUACUUAGGGGAGCGAGAUGAGUUUAACCUCAAGGUGCUGCAGGCGUUCGUAGAGCUCCAUGAGUUUGCUGACCUCAACCUCGUCCAGGCCUUAAGGCAGUUCCUGUGGAGUUUCCGUCUUCCUGGUGAGGCUCAGAAGAUUGACCGGAUGAUGGAGGCGUUUGCCUCGCGGUACUGCGGCUGUAAUCCGGGGGUUUUCCAGUCAACAGACACCUGUUAUGUGCUGUCGUUUGCCAUCAUCAUGUUGAACACCAGCCUGCACAACCCCAACGUCAGAGACAAGCCCCCUGUAGAGAGAUUCAUCUCCAUGAACAGAGGUAUCAACGAGGGAGGAGACCUGCCAGAGGAACUACUCAGGAAUUUAUUUGAUAGCAUCAAAAAUGAGCCCUUCAAAAUCCCAGAAGACGAUGGCAACGAUCUGACACACACGUUCUUCAACCCUGACAGAGAGGGAUGGCUACUGAAACUAGGUGGAAGAGUGAAGACCUGGAAGAGACGGUGGUUCAUUCUGACUGACAACUGCCUGUACUAUUUUGAAUACACAACGGACAAGGAACCUCGUGGGAUCAUUCCUCUAGAGAACCUUAGCAUAAGAGAGGUGGAUGAGCCCAGGAAGCCUAACUGUUUCGAGCUCUACAACCCCAAUCACAAGGGUUCAUUGAUCAAAGCGUGUAAGACUGAGGCGGACGGCCGGGUCGUCGAGGGCAACCACACAGUGUACAGGAUUUCAGCGCCCACCACAGAGGAGAAGGAGGAGUGGAUCAAAUCCAUCAAAGCAAGCAUUAGCAGGGAUCCCUUCUAUGACAUGCUAGCCACCAGGAAGCGGAGGAUAGCCAAUAAGAAGUGAGGAGAACCUGACCACACCCACCCUAUCAUCAGUGACACCAGCAUGGACCUCCAUCGGUCCAGGAGACGGGGGGCGAGGGGGGGGCUCACACACACAGCCCAGGGACAGGAGACACAGCAGACAAGGGGAUCCAGAUUUAGUGGGGAUUUGACUUCGGAUGCAACACGUCUACACUUCAUCAGUAUGGAUAAAGGACAAGUCGGGAAGGGCACUUGACAUUUUGGUUAUCAGUUUCUUUUCAGAUGCAUGCAAUGCACACAACUAUAAAUUGUAUGUGUGAAUGUACUGUAUUGUGAAAAGGACAAUGGUCUGAGCAAUAUGUAUGAGGCUGUGUGGGGCCUCCCCAAUGUCCCCAUACAGACGGCGCUUUCCCCAACAAUCGAAGCAGGCUCGAAGAAACAUGGACAUCUUGGCUAGCUCAACAUUGUCCUCUAGUGGGUGAAUUGAGUAUGAUUUCAAUGUCAGAAGAACCUCAAACUUUUAGGAAUCAACGGGUCAGAUUUUCACCUGCAAAACGACUGAUACAAGUAGUGUACAAUAAGAAUCUGUUUUCUUUCCUCUUUUGUUUCAUAAUGCCAUACCCAGUUGUUGCCAGUUCAUAUUAGAUAUCACUAUGGUCUAUGUAAGGUCAAAUGUGAAUUCCUGCAGAGCUAUAAUAUACUGUAUUAAUAAUACAUAGUCAAGUUUGUGUGACAGUUAUUCAAAGCUAGUUUAUGUAUUGAUUCAAAGUCCACUGCUGUACAUUUGUUUUUCAUAUUUAUUUUCUCUAAUUACAAAAGUGUAUUCCCCUUGACAUAUGUACUGUACAUAGUUUGUUUCUGUAGCAUGUAAAAGGUUAUGGCUAGCCUACACCCGUUUGUUCACAUUUCAAAGUUGAGCAAUGAGCAUUACAGAUUACAUACUGCAGUGGAAGAAACCCUCAACUCCAACUCCACAGAGAAAAUGAAGAAAAACAAUUCCUCAUAUUUCUAAAAGAAACAGAAAUGUAGCAGCCAAGCCAGCUGGUUUUUACAUUGGAAGGUGAAAACUAAUGGCUCUAUUCACUCUGUAUCGUAGAAGACAGCGUGAUUGCCAUUACAUUUCAAUGUUCCCGCGUUAGCAGAGACUGCGUUCACGGUAAACGCUGCAUAUGUCAGCUCAAUUGGAAAUUACCUCAAUUUAUAGAGCGCCAAGUGUAACACUUCAGCGAAAAAGAUUGAAUAGAUCAGGUUUGGAUCUAAAUCGCCCCGUUGUGAGACAGAGAUGGAACUUUACAAAAGUUGUGUAAAAGCUCAAGAGAAUCUCAAAAUGUUACAGCAGCCUUAAUGUUAUGAGAAUUUUGAGUAAAAAUACCAGAUCUUCUCCUGUGUAACUGACCAGUCUGAUACCUACCCAGCCACCUAUUCUUUAGGUUAUAGCUUCCACACAGUCUAUUGUAUGUGGACAAUACAGGUCCACAUACAAGGUUCACAGGUCCUGUUUUGAACUCCCACACUAUCAUUGUGUAACCUGGAAACAAUAUGAAAAAUUACCUAACCACUGUUAGCCCUAAAUCCAAAGUGUUUCAGUCUAUCCAAGCAACCAAUUAAACAAUCACUCAUA